AUGGCGCUCCCCCGCGCCACCGCGCCGCCGCGCCUCCGGCUCAGCGCCCUAGCCUCCCCACAACAGCCGCACACGCGGCCAGCGCACCGGCUCGCACACCAGCGGCCACACGCGGCGUACCGGCUCGCCCACACGCCGCGGCAGCAAAGCUACCACAUCGCGCGAACGGGCGAGCAAGCCACGCCCUUAACCGGCUUCUACGCGGAGCUGCUCUCGCACCCCCUCCGCGCCACCGCGCCCGCCACGCAUGCCAGCGCCCCGGCCCCGCCGCCCUCAGACGAGCUCCCCAAGACAGACAAAGAGGCCACGCUGCAGAAAGCGCGCAUCGUGUUCGGGUCGCGGCUGGCGGGGCCGACGGAGCGGAAAGAGCAGCGCGCCGCAGCCGGCAAGAUGGUCGCGGGCGUGCUGGUGCCGCCGCGCCCCGCCGAGCCCGACAACUGCUGCAUGUCCGGGUGUGUCAACUGCGUGUGGGACGUGUACCGGGACGAGCUAGAGGAGUGGGCGGCGGCGUCGCGGGAGGCGAAGGCGCGGGCGCGGGCGCAGGAGGUGGAGAGGCGGGGGCGGGGCGAGGGGACGGGCCGCAUGGUUGUGGGCGCGGGCGUGCCCGACCAUGUCGCUAGUAGUAUGGAUGAUGAUGGGGGUGGGAGCGAGGCGAACUGGGAAGCGGGGUUGGAGGGCGUGGGCGAGGAGGCCGAGACCAGAGAGGAGGAUCUCUUCAAGGGCGUCCCGGUCGGCAUAAGGGAGUUUAUGAAGACGGAGAAGCGGUUAAGGGCUUUGCAUGCGAGUGAGGAGCAGGCGCAGAGUCAGAGUCAGAGUCAGAGUCAGAGUCACGGCCAGAGCCAGGCUCAGGCGCAAGGAGAGGGACCGAAGCAAGCGCAGGCGCAGGCGUAA